CAGAAACUGGAAAUGGCGAUCUUCUUAAUUUUGGCUGCCGCCACUUUUACUACUCUCAUAGCAUCGACGGCGGCGGUCGUACCUCCGGCGGAAUCUCAGAUUCCGGCGUUGUCCAGUCAGCAGAAUGAGAAUUCGGUGAUGUACGAACUGGAAAAAGCGAAGAUCAAAAUCGCUCGAUUAGGUUAUUUCCUUAUUCCCUCAUCAGUUAUCACUUUGGCCAUUGAGAUAAUCGACUUGACAUAACUUAAUGCUUGCGUUUCUCGCGGUUUAUUUAAUUGCAUAGAGAUACAAUACAAGUAUAGUUACAAUAACAAAGCAAAAUUGCAUUUACAUGAAAUUAAUUACUCAAACAACCAAGACACCCGAACAAAAGAACUGCAUUUCCAUGUAAUUAGUAGCUGAGAGAGAAUGAGAGAAGUGAAUUUGGAUUUGAACCAAGUUUUGUGGUAUUGCAUGUGUAUAGGAACUGGAGUGUUAUAUGAUAUUGUGAAAUAGAUUACUUGGAGAGGACAGUUUUAACUGCGAGCAGCUGUAGAAGGGCAAAAAAAAAAGUAUUUUUAGAGUGGAAUCUGACUCUAGCUAUUACUGAUUUUUCGAUUUGUGUUUAGAUUGAAGUGAAUACUAUGCGUAUUUUUUAUUGGUAGGAGAAGGAAUAGUGCAAAACACUCAUGCUACUCAUGGAUGGAUUAUGAGGGAAAGAAAAAAAUUCAUUGCAAACUGGUUGAUAAUCCAUCCUUGAUGAAAGAAUGACAAAGUUAAAUGCUAAAAUCCAAUACAUUAGAGAAACUGAGAAGAAAAUUGAGGACAUUAGUAUAGAAAUUGACAAUCUUACAACUGCUUUAUCCAAAUUGCAGCAUCACUCAUCAAGGAUUAAUGCUCUAGAAGAAAAGGUACAACUGCUUUGGGAUGCGGCAAGAAAAAACAACUUUGAAAUUCAUGAAUUGGAGUUCAAAGCGCAAGAUGCGGAGAAAAGAUUAGAAAUUCUUACAUCUCAAGUCGAAAAGAUGGCGGACAUUAUAUCCGAAAAAUGGAUUCAGAUACGACAACUUGAACAAGCUGUUCAAAUGACAGAGAUGAGAGCACCGAAGGUCAAAAGGCAACUAACAUUCAGUAAAUGUCCAUUUGUCGAGUUCAUCAAAAACCUUUUCGGCCACCACCUCGAGACGUUGAAGGGAAUUCUGCAUCCAUAUGGAUCAUACAGUGCGGCUGAUCCUAAUUCCUACUGGGCUCAAGCUUUGCAUCACUUGCGGGGGGCCUUUUCAUCUGCAAAACAAUACCAUUACAAGCUGCAGAGGUUUGUAAAGCAGGAAAUGGAAAGGAACGAACUCCCUGGGGCUUUAGCGAAUGAAGAAGUGGUGUUCUUAGUGGCCUCAGCUCUGAUCGUGUUUCCAAUUUAUAUUGCAUUCACGUUUCUCUUCUCACACUUCAGGUAGACUGAUUUAAAAAAAGUGAUGGAAAUUGCUGGUAUUGCACCAAGGAUGAAGGUGAGAAUAGUGUUUAUUGUCACCUUUUCUUCUAAGACAACCUUGAAGGUCGACAGCCUGUUCAUGGCCUGUGGAGAAACUAUUGAUUUACCAAAUCAUUAGCACAUGGUAGCAAGGAAUAUGCAUGAAAAGAAACAAAUCAUCAGCACGUGAAAUUGUUUCUCUUGUAGAACUGUGUAAAUAAUCACCUCUAGAAGUCAUUUCACCUUGUGAUUACUCUUGGUAAUAGUUGAUCUAUGGAUGUGGAAAGUAUCAUAGCUUAAUUAUCAGCAACUAAGGUCUAACUACCAGGUUUCAUGAAUGUAAAACUGGUGAUUUUGUUAUCAAAGUUCCACAUGUAUCUCCAAGCUCUGCCAAACCACAAGAGAGCUAUCUUCUAUUGCUCUUUUCAUUCGAUCUUCCAUAUAAAUAUAGUAUGAUAAUGCUAAUGCUAAUGAAAGGUUCAUUCCAACACCUGAGCUGAUUACUUUCAGGAUCGAUGUUAGAUUGGGAAACUAUACUGCAAGUAUAUUUUUGAAGAACUUAAAAAAUGGUUGAAGAUGGUCGAUGAUUUUCUAAUACAAAAUUGUAGUCGUCUCUCUAGGGAAACUUUGUAUUGGUAUUUAUUUUUAUUUUCCUUAUAUUACAAAUCUAAACCUUGAUUAAUAUGAUUAGAUGUCUCGAGCCGGGGUAGAGGUAUGGACUGCAUACAUCUUACCUUCUUCAGACCUCACUAUGUGGGAAUAUAGUGAGUUUGUUGUUGUCGUUGAUUAAUAUGAUUAGAUAGAUAUCCGACUCUUGAGUUAUUUUAAGUCUUGAGAGAAAUUUUAUACAUUCAACACUCUGGAGGGCCAACUUUGAAAUAUUCAUAACCUAUGAGGGUCAAACUGAAAUAGGCCAAAAGCAACUCUUGCUGUUCCCUCACAUCCACAUGCCUGAUUCUCAUCCAAAGCUUAGCUAAGGAUAAACCAUUCUGCUGUCAACAAGAAAACAAUGAUAACAAAGAAAUGGAAGACACAACAUGGGAUCAGAGAAUCCAAGCAUUAACACACAUCAUACUCGAUCCCACAACCAAACCAUCUUUUGAAUCCCAAAUCUUCAUUUCUAACCAUGUCCCCUGUUACCUCAAUUGGGACUAUCCACCAAUUCUGUGCACCAAAUAUUCCACAACCACUUUCCCUUCUGUGUAUAUGAGAUGGGCUUUCUCAGUUUUCCUCAAAAAGGUUUCAAGACUUGGUGCACCUGAAACAUCUUGGAGGUCCAAAUGCCCAUAUCUACAACCCCCUCCAUUGAUACUGGCCAGGGGAGUGGAGGAAGCUCAGUGGGGAGAUGAAGAGAGGAGACAGUAUGUGAGGAAAAGGUUCAAAAGGAGGCUUUUUAGGAGUGAUGUGAACCCUUUUAUUCCAUUUCUAGUGCCUAAUGUCUUGUUGUUCUCUCUUCUGUUGUGGAACCCUUUUCCAAUUGAGGGCGUAGAUAACUAGAUUCUUGAUUUUUGAGCUUGUUUUUGUAAUAGGACUGUUCUAGUUUUAUGUUCUUUAAUCUAAACUAGUGGAUAUAUGUAUCUGAUUCUAAUUGAAUAAUAAGAUGUUCAUUGACCUAA